AAUUUUACUCUAAUUAACGAUUACUGUACUACUGUUCUGUGCGAUUACUACAUUAUCGACUUGAAUUUUACCGGUUAUUUUGACAUUUAUUUAAUUUAAUCGUUAAAUUUCGACGAUUUUUUUAAGUUAUUAUCGAUUGUUGCAGUGCAAAUUCCAAAAAUGACGAACGUAGAACCGCUACAAGCGUUAAACAUGGAUCCAUCCCAACAACAAGGUUUUGUAAGAUUUUACAGAAAUUUGCCAGAGAACAUCUCUGCUACAGUAAGAUUUUUUAAUCACUCCGAUUAUUACACGGUCCACGAGGACGAUGCAAAAUUAGCCUCAGAAACAAUUUUCGGCAAUAAAAUAAUUAAAUACAUGGGUUUAGAACCGAAAUUGAGUUACUUGGUUUUAAGCAGAGGAAAUUUCGAAAAGUUCAUCAAAGAAUUACUUCUUGUUAAACAAUACCGAGUUGAAGUUUACACAAAACCCUCAACGCAAAGUCGCCAAAACACUUGGUCGUUAGAAUAUAAAGGAUCCCCAGGAAAUUUAAGCCAAUUCGAAGACAUUUUAUUUGAUAAUUCCGGAAAUACCGUUUUUAAUUCGACCAUAAUGUGUAUCAAAAACAUUAAGGCAAAUAAUUUAGGUGUAGCUUGUAUAAAUACAACGGAAUCAACAUUUUUCUUAACCGAAUUUAUCGAUAACGAAUUCCACACUCAACUCGAUGCGUUAAUCGCACAAAUUGGCCCGAAGGAGUGUAUAAUACCCCAAGGGGAUUCACCCGAAUUGGUGUCGUUAAAAAAAAUUCUUGAUCGUUGCAACAUUUUGGUUGUUCGAUUAAAAAAGAAUGAAUUUUCUGGUGACGAAAUCGAUCAAGAUUUAAAUAGAUUACUCUUUUUUAAUGAAGGCCAACAAAGAAAUUAUAUGGCUUUACCUUCGGCUGAUUUAAAACAUGCUUUAGGUAGUUUACAAGCUGGGAUUAAAUACUUAAAUUUAACUGGAGAUGAAAAUAAUUUUAAUCAAUAUAAAAUUUCAACAGCUGAUAUUCAUCGGUAAGAUUAAUUUAACCCGUUUAUGCCCAGAGUUCCAAUAAUGGAACACCCCCGUUUUUCUCCCCUCCACGCUUUGUUGUUACGUUUUCAGUAAACACAUUGAUUAGUGAGAGUGAUUGUUUGACGAAUUAUUGUGCCUUUAAUGUGUGAAAUUUCUAUCGUAAAAAAUGGCUGGUUAAAGGUAAGUGACAUUUCCUGUUAUUAAACUAAUAUUAUCUAUUAUUUUGGGUUGUGUUUAUUGCCCUAACAAUUUUCAACACAUUUCCAUAUAUCAUCUAUAAUAAUAAAUAGGAUAAGUACAAAAAAAUACACUUUUUCCCAAAAGUUCCAAUAUUGGAACUAUGCUAAAUAGGUCCAUAAAGAUUUUUAAUAAUUUCAGACCCCUCACAACUGCAGAACUUAUUGAAGUAAUAGAAGGCGUGGAUUUUUGUGCCGCUGAUGUUUUUAUCACUCUUCCAGAUGAUGGUGCUGAAUAUAGCGACAAUGAAGACUUCUGCAACGACAUCAAUGACUGGAUGGUUGAUAGCUUCAAGCAGAAGCUAUGGAGAAAAUUGCAAAUCAAAGACGGAUUUCAUAAUUGGUGACAGCGACACUGACGAAGAGGCAAAUAGGGACAACGAACCUUUGUCAGAAAUACAAACGAAGUUACCAAAAAAAAAACUGGCAAUAAUCCGAUCUUAUUUCUGAAUUCCGAACUUUGAGCAACUGAUGCAAUCAGCACCCAUUCCUUCUAAUCCGGUGGAAUGCUUUGAACUUGUUCCUGAUGAUAAUAUUACAUCAUUUUUGGCAGAAGUAACGGCGUUAUAUGCACAGCAAAAGGUGAACUUAAUUUCCGAGUUUCCAAUGAAGAAAUAAAGUGUUUUUGGGCCAUACUACUAUUACUCUCUAUUGUGUUGUUACUAGAUGUAGAAUGUGGUGGGAGUUAGGAACCGAAUCUUGCAAUAUCGCACUAAUGAAUAUUAUGAGAAGAAAUAAAAUAAAUUACCGAAAAAAAACUGGCAAAAUCCGAUCUUUUUCCUGGAUUUCCAAACUUUGAGAAACCAAUGCAAUCAGCACCCAUUCCUUCUGAUCCGGUGGAAUGCUUUGAGCUUUUUCUUGAUAAUAUUAUAUCAUCUUUGGCAGAAAUGACGACGUUAUAUCCACAGCAAAAGGGUGAACUUCAUUUCCGAGAUUCCAAUGAAGAAAUAAAGUGUUUUUGGCCAUACUACUAGUAUCUGUCUAUUGUGUUGUUCCUAGAUGUAGAAUGUGGUGGGAGCUAGGAACCGAAUCUUACAAUAUGGCACUAGUGAAUUCUAUGAGAAGAAAUAGAUUCGAAAUGCUAAAAAGUUAUCUCCACUGUGCUAAUAAUAAUAACAAAAAAUUGAUGCAAAUGCUUAAUUCAAAAUUUUUGAAAUACUCAGAUCUCCAAGAAAGGUUGAGUGUUGAAAGUAUGGCUUCAUACUUUGGUAAGUAUGGGGCAAAACAAUUUUUAAAAGGAAAGCUGAUACGAUACGUUUACAAGAUGUGGUGUCUCUGCGAACCUCUUGGGUAUUUGAUGCAAUUUGAACCAUACCAUUUACUUCAGCGGAUAAAGAAGAAAAUGCGACAACCACAAAAAACGUAAGGAAAGCAACUAUAAAAGAACCAGCAUUUGGUGUAGGAGAGUCUGCUGUACUUGGACUGAUAAAAGUCCUACCAAAACAAACCAGUAACUGAUUUACAG